GGUUAUACGAUGUUCUCAACGGUCACAAUCGUCCUGCUGGUGUCAGGCUGCGCCACAGCCACGAUAAGUCAGUAUAACUAUUGGCCAGGAGGAAAAGGUCUAUAUAACAAUUAUUGGAACCGGCCUCAGCAAUCUUAUCCGACAUGGCGCUUGUAUGAUCCAUGUGACAAGGUGUAUUGCUACCCUAUCUACUGCCGGUAUGGACAAUACACACCGCAAGGCGAAUGCUGUCCACAGUGCACACCAGGUUCAUAUAGGCCCGGAUCGUGGAAUAACGUGGGACAGCAAGGAAAUGCCGUGAGCGGGCUUGGAAAUAACGUUGGAUCGCAAGGAAAUGCCGUGAGCGGGGGAUGGAAUAACGUUGGAUCGCAAGGAAAUUCGGUGAGCGGGGGAUGGAAUAACGUUGGAUCGCAAGGAAAUUCUGUGAGCGGGGGUUGGAAUAACGUUGGGUCGCAAGGAAAUGCCGUGAGCGGGGGGUGGAAUAACGUUGGAUCGCAAGGAAAUUCGGUGAGCGGGGGAUGGAAUAACGUUGGAUCGCAAGGAAAUUCGGUGAGCGGGGGUUGGAAUCACGUUGGAUCGCAAGGAAACGCCGUGAGCGGGUGAUGGGAUAACGCGGGAUUGCAAUCGACGUAUGUGAACUAAGUACAUAUGACAUGGAUCGCAGUAAACAAGGGCACCUACUGAAAAUGUGUGCCUUUGUAAAAAUACCGGUACUCAAUAAAUAUGUAUCAGCAACCA